CGUUGUUCCGGACGUUCCAGAAACGUGUAUUAUUGGCUCCUUGGUCCGAGUGCUGGCAUUUGUCUGUUGAGUGGUUUGGGGGGAGCGCACUUUCCUCAAUUGUUCAGUUGAAGCAGCCUUUAGAAGCAGUUCAAUUGGUGACAAAUGACGACGAAGAUCGAGAUGGAUCCCUCAGUUGAGGACUUCUUUGCACGGAUCAAAGAGCUGGAGAGGGAGGACGAGCAGGAGAGGAAGCAGGAGAGGAAGCAGGAGAAGAGUAACAUGACGGAGGACACAACGGGUGCACCUGCGAAGCCUCCAAGGCCACCGAGACCAUCAAGACCAGUCAUUGAUGAGUUUGACGACGACGAUGACGAUGAGGAGGAUAACAUUCCACUGAGUGUUGAUGAACUUGUGUAUGAAUCUGCCUAUAACUAUGACAAGUCCAACAAAACCACUGAUGAAGGUGAAGCACCACCACUGCCGUCGAGAACGAGAACCGGACUCACAAGACAUUCUCAUAAGAAGUACGACGACCUCGAGAUAGUGAGGUUUGACGACUACGUUUCUGAAAAGAAGCCGUAUAGACAUCGUGAACAGCAUGCUGUAUACAAAAGCCAUUCGAACAGAGGUGGUGAUGCAUCGUCAUCGCCAAAACCCUCAAAGACGAAGUACGAGCUGUCGGAAACUGAAAAACGUGAUAUUGACAGUGUUAUCAAUGGACUCAUCGGUGAUAAUCCAGGUGGACACACCGUUGGCAAAAAGGACGAGGAAGAGGAGGAGGUGAAACCUCGCCUUCCUUCAAGACGUAAAACAUCAGAGCUGAACAGUGCGAGAGCUUCAUCCCCAUUAAGUGGUCCAUUUGACCAUCCUGACGACAAUGUCAAAGAGAAUAAACCGCAAUUGCCAAGGAGAACUCUUGAGCCAAUGUCGAUUCCAAAGCCCAAGCCAGCUGUGAAGCCAAAGAGCUCAACCGUGGUUCGUGCUGAACGUUUAGAGCCGUCAAAACCAACAACGGCACGCCCAAAGCCACCAGCAGUAAAACCAAAGGGACAGUGGUUGAAGUCUCCUUCAACGCUCCAUCAGGGUGUAUCCACUAAGCCAAACUAUACUAUUGAAAAGAUCGCCAAUGAAACCACGUGGCUUGAGUCUGCAAAGAACAACCCGAGAUUAGAGAGACACACACAUACAGUAGACAAGCCAAAGGUCAAUCCAAUUCCACAUUCUAGCUCAAAUACUUUAUCGAAGGUUGAACAGGCAAAUGAACAAGCUCAAGCUGAAAGAGAGAAGAACUUGCAAGAGCUGAACAGCCCAAAAUUGAACCAUGUAAGACAUACUCCACCACCGCCAAAGUUGAAACCCAAGCCAGCUGCCGAGCUGAUCGAGACCAUCGUUCUCAAAAAGGUCAGACCUACUCCUAUAAAUAGUUCCAAUGAAGAAACAGAUGCGCAUGAUAUGUCUCGCCCCAAGCUGAAGCCUGCUGUUCCCGUGAGAAAGCCAUCUACCAAGAUCCCAGAGGCCAUGCAGGCAUCCAAGAAGUUGAAACCUCCGGUUCCUGUGAGAAAGCCUUCUGCAAAGGUCCCAGAGGCUAUUUCACAUAAGGGAAAUUUGAAAGCUUCAACAGACUCGAAACAAAACUCAUCAUAUGAGGAGAAAGAUUCCGUUCCUGAAGCUUUGAAGAAGGUAACGGCUUUGAAACCACCCCCACCUGCUCGCAAGCCUUCCACUAAGCAAUUAGAAGCUCUUGAAGUCUUAAAUAGUUUGAAGAAAAAGGAACCACCACAGGUCAAACCCAAACCAAGGGUUGUGAGUGAGUCCAAACAGAUACUGGCUGCACAACUAAAGGGGUUGAAGAGUGUUAAGGCAGACCCACCUACCAGAAAUUCGUCCGAAUAUGAUGAGAGUGACUGCGAACAGACCGUUGAAAGUGAGGAGAGCAGUGACCCAAGACGUGCAAUAAUUGAAAGAGUUCUACAAAGAUCUCAAACUGCACCAAUAAGACUUCCAAUUGCCGAUAACAGCAUCAAUGAUAAACCAAGAGUUUUUAAGAAGGCUUCAACAUUUGACUCUGCACAGUUACAAUCCACCGAGAGCUUGAACCAUUUGACAAAAACCAGAAGUAGAGGUCCCAAGAGAAGGGUUCCAACAAAAAACAACUUUUCAAAUACAUAGAAUUUCAUAGACGUUUGAAAUGCUGAUUGUUGAUGGUACUGUGGUAAUAUAUCUCUGUAAGGGUCU